CGCACAAAAUCAAAAUCACCGCACAGACUCCAAUUUGGGGGCCGUUUUUAUAGUAAGAUCCAUAUUUAUAUAUAGUCUUUGUGAAAGAGAUCAGUGUAGAAAAGAGGUAGGAGGAUAGGAAUAAUUAAGAGUUGAGGAAAACAAGGAAUUAACAAUGUGUAUGUCAAAAGAUGGGCAACGACAAUCUCUGGUGCCAAGCUUUGUGUAUUCUGGCGAUUGGGGGGGUUCCCAAGCAUUGGUUAGGCGCUUCCCAAUUGAAGCUCCGAAAGAGAAGAUAAAGAUGUAUUCACCGGCCUUCUACGCAGCAUGCACAGCAGGCGGCAUUUUGAGUUGUGGACUCACCCACAUGGCUGUCACCCCCCUCGAUCUCGUCAAGUGCAACAUGCAGAUCGACCCAGCAAAGUACAAGAAUAUCUCGUCUGGUUUUGGAAUUCUGCUAAAGGAGCAGGGAGUGAGAGGAUUCUUCCGGGGUUGGGUGCCAACGUUGCUUGGUUACAGUGCUCAGGGUGCCUGCAAGUUUGGAUUUUAUGAGUUCUUCAAGAAGUACUAUUCUGAUAUGGUUGGAGCAGAGAAUGCAGUCAAGUACAAAACUUUCAUAUACCUUGCUGGCUCAGCAUCUGCAGAAGUGAUUGCGGAUGUUGCUCUCUGCCCCAUGGAGGCCGUCAAAGUUCGUGUCCAAACUCAACCUGGUUUUGCUCGGGGUUUGUCUGAUGGCCUUCCAAAGUUUGUCAAGUCUGAGGGUGUUCUUGGGCUCUACAAAGGUCUGGUUCCUCUUUGGGGACGUCAGAUUCCAUAUACCAUGAUGAAAUUUGCUUCUUUCGAAACAAUUGUUGAGAUGCUUUACAAGUAUGCCAUCCCAAGGCCAAAAGAACAGUGUAGCAAAUCUCUGCAGCUUGGAGUGAGCUUUGCCGGGGGGUAUGUGGCCGGCGUCCUCUGUGCUGUGGUCUCACACCCGGCCGACAAUCUUGUCUCUUUUCUCAACAAUGCCAAGGGUGCAACUGCGGGGGAUGCUGUCAGGCAGCUGGGAUUAUGGGGUCUCUUCACUCGUGGCCUUCCGCUUCGGAUUGUUAUGAUUGGAACUCUUACCGGCUCUCAGUGGGGAAUAUAUGAUGCAUUCAAAGUUUUCGUUGGACUGUACGUUUUUUUUUUUUUAACUUCAUCUUUCAUACCGAGCUCCACAGUUGCAUCUAACUUGUCAGCACUUAAUAAAUGUGAUUUGCUUGAUCCUGUAGGCCAACGACUGGUGGUGCUACCCCUGCUCCUGCCGCUAGCAAGUGAACGCUAUUUGCCAACAAAUGCGGAAUGCUGUAGCUCCAAGACUUGGAAAUUAUUCUAAUUCUACUUAGGACCACAAAAUUCAGGUUUCUCACG